AACCCUGUCCCGGCUUCCAGGCGAGCUGUACCCGCUCCGUUCGCUCUGGUGCCCAGGUCGCGCCUUGGCGUCGGCAGCUUUUCCUCCCUCUGAGGUCGACGCUCGCGGUGGAUUUGCAGGCCGUCGUCGCGUCCCCUCGUGGCCAUGGCCGUGGCCAUGCCAGGCGACACGUGCCGCAGCUUCCCAGCCCCCAGGGUUUGCCCGAGUCCGUCCCCAUCCGCGCCCCAGUGUGGAUGCACUUUUCAGGAGCGCUUGACCCCGCCUGGCAGAUCACCGGGCAAAAGAAAAAAUAAAUCCUCCAGUCGAAGAAGCAAGUCUCCUCGCAAUCGAAGAAGCAGAAGCCCUCAUCAUGUUGUGGUCAAAGUAAAGCAGGAGCGAGAUGAUCAUUCCCGCAGAGGACACGACGAACGAAAGCACAGAGACCAGCCCGAACAGGAACACAGACGAGAGCGAGACAGACACAGAGACCAUUCGGACAGAAGGAAAAAUUCCAGCGAAAGGCCUGGAGGUCGAGGUCACGAGAGAGAGAGGGAUUCCCAGAACCUCCGUGAGCAGCAAGCAGAGAGGGAAUUUAACGAUGAGAGAAGACGUGAAAAUCGACAAAAGAACGAAGCGAGCAACCCUGAACUUGGCAACCCUGAACUUGGCAGAUCAGACAGUAAAACUAAAGACAAAGAGCCAGCAAACAAAGAGAAACCAAGCUUUGAACUGUCUGGCGCACUUCUAGAGGAUUCAAACACUUUCCGCGGCGUCGUGAUUAAAUACAGCGAGCCCCCAGAAGCUCGGAUUCCAAAGAAACGAUGGCGUCUCUACCCCUUUAAGAAUGACGAGGUGCUCCCAGUCAUGUACAUUCACAGGCAGAGCGCUUACCUCCUGGGCCGGCACCGAAGAAUUGCCGAUAUCCCCAUCGACCAUCCAUCUUGCUCCAAGCAGCAUGCUGUGUUUCAGUAUCGGCUUGUGGAGUAUACGCGGGCUGAUGGUACAGUUGGCCGUAGAGUAAGGCCUUAUAUCAUAGAUCUUGGCUCCGGCAAUGGUACUUUCUUAAAUAACCAACGGAUUGAACCUAAGCGUUACUACGAACUGAAGGAGAAGGACGUGCUGAAGUUUGGGUUCAGCAGCAGGGAAUACGUUCUUCUCCACGAAUCUUCAGAUAAAUCCGAGGCAGACACGAAGGAGGAGGAAGUGGAGGAAGAGGAGAAGUCUGACAACAGUUAACGGAUCUGGAAGAGAUUCCAAAAGUCUUUUUUUGCAGUAGAACUUGAAACUGGUAACGAAUGUUGGAGCAUCAUAGCACUGAUGCUGCUUAUUGCCUUAAAGUCUUUCCUUUGUUGCUCAUCAGUUCUUGUUUUAGUUUGUUUUGGGGAACUCCUGACCGACUUGUAUUCUGUCAUUAAGAACCUUGUUAAGCUUAUCCGGAAAUCCGCCUUUGUUUUAAGCUGAUUAUCCUGGAAGUGAAAGCCUUGGGGCUGAAGUUAUUUAACAGAUUGUACAAUAAGGUCCUACAAUGAUAAACCGCAGAACAAAAUAGCAAUUUUUUUUGGCUAUUCUUACAAAUUUGUUUGUCAACAACCCAUUUGAAAUCACCACUUGACUGGAAUCCUGGGUAGAAAAAAGUGGUAUGCUUUGUCACCUGUCCAGUUACUUGAUACGAUUUGUUGAAUCGUACGCUUACACUAAUCUCUUAGCAGAGGAGUUGACUGGGUUGUUUAUUAAAAGACCAGGUGUGAUGCAAAGUUUUCUGUUUCUCAUUUGAGUAGGCAGUUUGCUUUGAAAGGACUCUUCAGGAACGGGCAUUUCCCCAGAAUACUUGCAAUAGACAGUAAAGCUUGAAACAACAAGGAAAUGCUUCCUUGGGUUUCGGUUAUGAUACUGUGGCAUGGUGUCUACCGCAGCAUGUUGCUACUGUGUCUUGAAACUGUGGCUGGUAGAGGCUGUCUGGUUUGAAACUAAUCACAUUGUUGUCUUGACAUCUCCACUGCCCCACGAGUCCUUUCACUGGGAUGCUGCAUUAAAUACCGAUAGUUUCCUUGAGGUGGUGACAACAGUGUUUCAACCAUAGUUUGCACUAUUUUUAAAAAUUCUUUAUGAAAACUUUGUACCGUUGUUUGUCUGAAAUAACUCUUGAGCUCCUGUAUGAAACAGAAAACAGUCAAGACUUUAUCAGUGUGAAAUCUGUUAGAAAAAAGUCCGUUUCUUGGAAACAUUUAGAUUUGCUUAUAUUCAAACAUUUCUCUCCUGAGUUUUACUUUGUGAUAUAGGAAAUACAACUUCAGUUACUAACUUUCCUCAGUUGUAUCUGUGUUCUGUGGGUGCAUAUGGUCUUCAUAUAUGUUUAUGUAUAUACUUAUGUUGUGUAUUAUGCACAUAAAACUAAGGUUUAUGGUGUAAAUAUGGGUUGUGAUGCAGGUUUUCAAACGGUAGGUAUAAGAAUGUGUUUUGAAUAGUGGGAUCACCUUUAUACGCUCUGGGGUUUUUAAAUAAAGAACUUUUGUAAAUUUUGCCCUACCUGCUUUUAGCCGUAACAUUUUUCUAGUGUCCAUGCUGGUUUUUCUUUAUAUUCCCCUAAAUCGAUAUAAUAUAUAUUUUAAAGGAAAUCCUUUGAAUACAAAGAUGGAGAGGGGAAAAGC